GCGUAAAGUCCACUGUAAUACAGUAAACUUGCUUCCUCCCGUCGAUACACGAAACCAAGACGAGUACCCAACAUAAUGCAAUGGGGACCGGGUACCGUGGUCACCUGUGUUGUGACAGUCACGAUUUCGAUUGCCGUAACACUCUUCACACUGAAUGAGGAAGAUUUGGAGACCAGAGCGUUGCUGGAUAUUUGGGGCGAGCAGGAUGUGCAGACGGCGCUGGACGGAAACUUUCGGAACAGUCAUGUCUACCGCGACGUAGCAGGCAGAUUGGGAGAAAUGGGCUUCGAAAGGACACCGGAGCAGUGUAGGAUACGCGUGAAGAGUUUGAAAAGGCAAUACUACCAGGCGAAGGAAGGCACGAAGAAAAACGGACAGUACCACAAAAUCUGCAAGUUUUACGACGAGAUGGAGAGGAUCCUGAGCAACCGACCUCACAUUGAUCCUCAGGACAUGAUGGAUAGUUCUGCCAUUGGGGACGAAACCAUGGACGGCACAGAAGAGGAAGGUGAAGUAGGUAUCGACCAUCCGCAGGAAGCUUACGUGGAGAGCACCGGCGAAUGCUCCUAUGCCGAACACCCUGUCAAGUUGGAGUACCCCUCCCUCCCUAUUCCAGUAACAGUGGGAAACAGUGCGACUCCAAGACAGAACAACAUCCAGAGCACCAGCAGCCUGUCAGGCACCAGGUCCAAGCGCUCCAAGAAGCGUUACACCAACCUGUCCCUGGACAAGCUGAUGGAGAAGUUCCUGGAGCAGAGCAUGGAGGCGGAGGAGAACUUCUAUAAGUACGAGGAGCAGCGACUUCGAGUCGAGGACAGGAGGCGGGAGGCGGAGCACUCCCGCGAGCUCCAGAUGCUCCAGGUGUUGGGCCAGAUGUUUGCCGGGAUCAGCAGCCCCACAGCCACGCCUGCGCCCCCAACCCCCCACUCGCACCCCUCACAGAUGGCCCCCCCCUCCGCCCCAACGCACCCCCCGCACGUUCACCACCGCCCCGCCGACCACCCCAACCGCAGCAUGGCGUCUGCCCCCACCCAUCCACUAGUUAUCGAACGGUCGUUCUCCCUGGGCAGCGCGAUGCAGAGGAACACGGAGAACCUCCUCCCCCUGGUGAGGAACGUCAUCCCGCCUCUGACCCCGAAAAAGCACAAGGGGCAGGAUGGCCGGGUCGGGAUCGUCGGCGGUUGUCGAGAGUACACGGGAGCACCUUAUUUUGCUGCAAUCUCAGCUCUAAAAGUGGGGGCAGAUUUGUCUCACGUGUUUUGUACCAAAGACGCUGCCACCGUGAUCAAGUCCUACAGUCCUGAGCUGAUCGUGCACCCAGUAUUAGACAGCUCCAAUGCAGUGGAGGAGGUGGAGAAAUGGCUGCCCAGACUGCACAGUGUUGUGGUUGGACCCGGUUUAGGGCGAGACGAUAAGCUUCUUAAAAACGCCAAGGAAAUCAUAGAAAAAUCCAAAGCCAGAGAUAUUCCUAUAAUUAUCGAUGCGGAUGGCCUUUGGCUUGUUGCCCAGCAACCAUCCGUCAUCCAGGGUUACCAGAAGGGCAUCCUCACGCCCAAUUUCAUGGAGUUCAGUCGGCUGUACGAAGCGGUGCACCACGAGCCCCUGGACAGCAGAGACAAUCAGAGAAGUGCCAUGCAGCUGAGCGCGGCCCUGGGGAACCUGACCAUCGUGCUGAAGGGGGAAGAGGACAUCAUCACCGACGGCAACAGAGUGGUCGUGUGCAAACAGGAAGGCAGCGGUCGCAGGUGUGGGGGGCAGGGUGACCUCUUGUCGGGGGCUCUGGGAGCGCUGGCCCACUGGGCCUUCUCCUCCUCUGCAGAGACUUUGAAAAGCACAAGCCCCCCGCUGGUCGCGGCGUUCGGAGCGUGCACCCUGACCAGGCAGUGCAACCGGCAGGCCUUCCACAAGCACGGGCGGGCCACCACCACCUCGGACAUGAUCCAGGAGAUCAGCAGCGCCUUCAAGACCCUGUUCGAGAGCUGAGCCAGGGAACGCGGGGGACCGUUCCCGGUCUCCUCCUCCCGCCCUCCCUCCCUCCUACCCGGCCGCCAAUGUAGUUGUGCAAGCUCUCCGACGCCACCCGGCCGUAGCCGACGUGUGAAGAUCGGGAAUAACCGCACCUGAAGUCCUUGCGCGCUUUUCAAGACCCUUUAGCAGUAGAAUGUCUGAACCUCACAAAGAAACCAAGUAAGGAAAAAAAAUAUAUAUAGCUGGAGAACUGCAAAGGUUUCUGAACUGCAGCCAACCUGAAUAUAGCAGAACCAACUUUUAAAUGAUUAAUCUUCAGGCGCUUACAUUAAAGUUAAGGGCUUCCUAGCUUUUUGUUUUUUUUGGUGCAUUUGGUUUCACUUCCCCUCCCGAAGGAAGCACCGUCUACUGUAACACCAAACCUAUUGAAGAGCAUCUUUAUUCUUCGUUGUACACUGGACUGACCGUUUGUGUUUCAAGUGCCUCAUGCCUUAGCGACCAGCAUUACGCGACAUUGGAAGCGCAUUCAGGUGCAUUCUCUCGGCUCCAGGUCGACUGGUGGGGACCGUCCCCAAUUGACCUGUUUUCAGAAGCCUUCACCCCUCCUCAUGUUCAGCAUCACUCAAGAGACGCUCAUUGAGUGUCACGAAGGUGAAGACAGUGGAUGUUCCCACGUCCCCCAAAGCUCAUGGCCAGGUCUAGUCUUCCGUACCAGACGAGCACUGGCUGACUGGAAGACGUGCAGCACAAAGCCUGUGGCAUUAUGGGAAAUUUAUUUUUGUCCAUCCAAUCUAGCCAUGACAAUCACUGUUAAACCUUUGCAGUUGUCCAAUACACAUACGAAGCAAGAACAUGUAAAUUAAGUCAUGUAGCACUGUGUAACACAGUUUGUUCCUUUUUUAACCCCUAAUCUCUCGGUAUUAAAGGAGUUUUGAAAAUGG